AGAAAACAUACAAUACGGUUCACUCGACGAGCCUUUACCAACCAACCACUAUGUCCGGACAUCAGCACCCCACCAAGCCAUACGUCGACGCCUCGGACAUGAACAACAUGACAAAGGAGCGCGAAGCAGCCCAAGAACAAGCCCCAUCCUACACCAAAUCAGGCCCACCACCAGCCUACACCGUCAAUGCCGCAGCUAGCGACCUGCUAGCAAUGCGCGAAGGCGACCCAGACGAAAAAAUCGACGUCCUCUUCGUCUACAGCCACGACAAGAAAUCCAUCAAAGACUACCUUGCCUUCCGCAACGUGGGCACCGUGACGCACCGCAUUGUUCCACGACUCAUGACGCGCCGGCUUUACAACGAGCGCUAUGCGCACGAUGCGAAUGGCAACUUCAUUGGAACGGGUGUGAAGGCGCCGGAUGCUGGGCUGGUGUUUAUUCCGGGCAAGGGCACUGAGCAGGAUCUGCUGGAUCAGGUUAGCAGGAUGGCGCAUAGUAGGAAGAAUCAUGAUCCUAGGGACUUUAAUUUUCAGGAUGGGUAUGGGAUGGCGCCCAUGGGAGGUGGUUGGGGUGUUGCUAGGUAGCGAUGGAGGAUGGUUGUUCCUUAUGCUUGAGAGUUGAUUUGGCACGAUAGGAUGUUGAUGGGGUUGGGUCGUUCUUUUGCCUAGAAUGUUCAGUAUGCUCCGUGGUUCGUUUGGUUAGUGGUGGAGUUGGUUGUUGCUUUUGCUUGGGCAGUUGAAUUCGGUUAUUUUUAGGUGUUGUAUCAAUCUACACGUUCU